CUCAUCCCCGCAUCAUGCUGCACACCGUUGUUGAAAUCCAACUUGCUACCAAAGCUAGAAUUUCCAGAUAUUUAUAUGUACCUCAUAAACUUCCCUUCGUCUUACACGGGGGAAGCCAUGAAGGCUUACAAAAGUCUAGACGGAUACAAGUAUUUCAUUGCUGGUAAAGUAAAUCACUUACUUGUGUGGCACCAGCCAAUGAAACGUGAUCCAACUACCUCUGUUUUUGUGAUUUUGUCAAAGGUACACCAUUCACAGAGACUCAAUGACCCCCCUGUCAAGGUAUGGGUGGCUAUCCAAGAGGAUGGAGUUGUGAUCACUGCGCAUUGCACAUGCAUGGCAGGAGUAACAGAGGUAUGCUCUCAUGUAGCGGCAACUCUGUUUGCUGUGUCAAAAGGUGUGGAAAUGAGCACAACUACUUGCACAUCCAAACCAUGUACGUGGAUUAAGCCAGCAAAGAGUAGAUCUAGCGGUGACGACAUGUAUGCGGAAGCAAGCAACAUCAACUUCAGCAAACCCAAAAGGAGAAUGACUGAAGCCCCAACCACUUUGCCAAAGAGCUCCUGCAAAUCUAGAUCUGUACCCCCGCCAUCUAAAGACGAAACAGACAACUUUUUCCAACAGCUUAAAGGGACAGGUGUACCAUCUGCAAUACUGUCACUUGUGCCUGCAUAUGCUGCAGAUUUCAUCCCAAAAGCUCUGCAAUUGAAACUUCCUGAGCCACUGACAAAACUCUACUGUGCAGAAAACCUCAAGGUGUCGUAUCCCCAACUACUCACCAAAUGUGAAGCUGUUUUCAACAACAUGACAAUGGAUGUGGACAUGUGUAAUGCAAUUGAGGAGCUAACCCGUCAGCAGGCAAAGACCAAGAUGUGGCAUAUCUACCGAGCUGGUCGAAUAACUGCAUCCAAGUUCAAAUCAGUAGUGUGUACAGACCCUGCCAUGCCAUCAGCGUAUUUGAUCAAAUCAAUCUGCUAUCCAGCUGCAUACAGCUUCAGUACUGCUGCAACUCGUUGGGGCUGUCAGCACGAGAAAGAUGCAGUUGAAAGCUACACCAAGUGUCAGUCAUCAAACCAUGACAAUCUCCAUGUCAGAGAUGUUGGCUUGUACAUUUGCCCUGACCUCCCCUUUCUAGGGGCAUCCCCCGAUGCACACAUCACCUGCACCUGCUGUGGAGAUGGACUGCUGGAGGUAAAGUGCCCUUUUUGUGUAAAGGACUGUAACAUCAGUGAAGGCCUGACAAGGAAGGACUUCCCUCUUGAGAGUAGCUCAGAUGGAAAGCUGUACCUCAAGCAUAGUCAUCCUUAUUAUUUUCAGGUUCAAGCCCAGUUGUUUGUUUCCAACAAACCCUAUUGCGAUUUUGUUCUUUGGUCUCGAACAAAACCUGAUGCUCCACAUAUUGAGAGAAUAUUCCCCAAUGAUGUGUUUCUUAAGGAAAAUGUUGAAAAAGCAAAACUGUUUUUCAAAGUGGGUAUUUUGCCUGAGCUGCUUGGUAAGUGGUACACAACAUCUAAUGUAGGAGAAGGGUACACCAUUGCUGAGUGCAGUUCACAGACACAAGUAAAUGUUUGUUGUUUUUGUCGUGAGGCAAACACUGGUCAUGGUAUGAUUGAAUGUCAAUCUACUGAAUGCAGAGUAAAAGUAUUUCAUUUAAGAUGUCUUGGAUUAACGGUGCUGCCAAAGACAAAGCGGUAUUUAUGCCCAAAUUGUAAAAAGAUUGAGGUUGCACAAAAACGUACAGCAAAGGUGAAGGAACAGUAAGUAUAUUCAUAAUGGGCAACCAAUAAAAUGAAGGGGAGAAUUUAUAUCAAGGGGAUGGUGUGGGAAUGAGCCUGCAUUAAGUUAUUUUCCGAAGUAAUUUCUGUGGGCAUAAUUUAGAGCUUCAAAUCUGUUAAGAUCAGUUUUAAAACUACAUAGAGUAGCUUUUGCAGUGCAAACAUUAAAUACAUGUACACACCCAUAGUUGAGCAGUUAUGGUAGCGUUUGUUUAUGGUGUCAAUCGAGGACACACAUGUGCAACAUCAUCUAUGAAUCAAGGACUCCUCGGUUGGAAAAUGUGUACAGAACCAAUGAAAGCUGUUGCAAAUAAGUUUAGAGUACAAACAAAGGAAAAGGGACGAGGAACAAAAACAAUCCUUGAUUUGCACCAUAAACAAGGGGGUAUGUACAUGUCUGCAUUAAAUGGAGAAAGCUUUGUUUAGAAAAGGACAUGGUGUUUAACAGGGGUGCAGCUGACCUAAAAUGACACUUAACAAAGCAUAAUGACUCUUAAACAGGUCUGUACAUCGUGGUACUUGCUAAUACCAAAGAGGAAAAUUCUACGUUGGUGUAGGGCAAAACUUAAUUUGAUUUAUAUCACCCCGGCGCAAAAAAAUCCAUCUUAUAGGAAAAUUCUAAAUAUAAUGGUGAAUUUGGAAGUUUUUUCUCAUGAAAUGCUGACCAAUUUAGAAAAGUCUCAGCAUUUCUAAAUUUUGUUUUUGCAACCUGUUUAGGUGCCUUAGGUUAUAUAUAAGUUAUUAAACAAUCAUUAAAGAGGGGCAAUUGUAGGCAAUUUCAAGUGUUUAACAGUAUUUUAUUAUUGGCGACUGUCCAGUAUUUUAUGUACAAGUGCAUAAGAUAUAUUUCAGGAGAUGUGAAAUAGAAAUCAUACAUUUUUAACUACAGUAAUAACAUAUGAAUAUAUUAACAGUGUUUUGACUGUCAGUGUUCCAAUUUUAUAUUUAUGGUACUGGGAUAUGACUAAUCAAAGUGCCAAAUUCCAUUUUCUUAGAUGUUAAAUUCAUAUUGAUGACCCUAAUAUAUAAGAACAAAAAUAGAAAUCACUCUUUAUAUAUUAAUUUUACUUUUACUUAUUUUU